AUGUGCGGCAUCUUCGCCUGCCAUAGUCACCCAGACGUCGCCAAAUUCAAGCCGACUGCUCUGAAGCUUUCCAAGCAGAUCAGACACAGAGGCCCGGAUUGGAGCGGCAGCGUUAUCUCUAACAACACGAUUCUGUGCCAUGAACGGCUCAGCAUCGUCGGUGUUGAGAGCGGAGCUCAGCCACUUACCAAUGCCGAUGACAGCAUUAUCCUCGCCGUCAACGGCGAAAUCUACAACCACCGUCUUGUUCGCAAGACCUUGAAGACCCCCUACCACUUCAAGACCACCUCGGAUUGCGAGGUUGUGAUUCCUCUGUACCUCGAGUAUGGCAUUGAUGCGCCCAAGCACCUCGAUGGCAUGUUCUCCUUCGUUCUUUACGACAAGAAGAAGGACCGCACAAUCGCCGCCCGCGACCCCAUCGGUAUCACAACCCUUUACCAGGGCUGGUCCUCCAAGGAGCCCGGCACUGUCUACUUCGCUUCCGAGCUGAAGUCCCUCCACCCCGUCUGCGACAAGAUCGAGGCUUUCCCCCCCGGACACAUCUUCGACAGCUUGACUGGCGAGAGGACACGGUACUUUGAGCCCACAUGGUGGGAUGGCGAGAAGAUCCCCCAGACCCCUGUCGACCUCAAGAAGCUCCGCGAGACUCUUGAGAGGUCUGUCAGGAAAAGGUUGAUGGCUGAGGUUCCUUAUGGUGUUCUCCUUUCCGGCGGUCUUGACUCUUCGCUUGUUGCUUCCAUUGCCCAGAGGGAAACCCUGCGCCUGAAGAAGCUUGCAGAGGAGGCCAACGGCGCCGCUGAGGAGAAGCCUGAGGAUUUGGACAAGGGCGAGGGUCUUGUUGGUCUCGAUGACGAGGGCAAGCUCUCUACCAUGACCUUCCUUCCCCAGCUCAACUCCUUCUCCAUUGGCCUUCCCGGCUCUCCCGACAACGAGGCUGCCCUCAAGGUGGCCAAGUUCCUCGGCACCAAGCACCACGUCAUGACCUUCACCAUCGAGGAUGGUCUUAACGCCUUGUCUGAUGUCAUCUACCACCUCGAGACCUACGAUGUCACCACCAUCCGUGCCUCGACUCCCAUGUACCUGCUCUCUCGCAAGAUCAAGGCCAUGGGCAUCAAGAUGGUCCUCUCUGGUGAGGGUUCCGACGAGAUCUUCGGCGGUUACCUCUACUUCCACGGCGCCCCCAACAAGGAGGAGUUCCACACCGAGUGCGUCCGCCGCGUCAAGAACCUUCACUUGGCCGACUGCCUGCGCGCCAACAAGUCCACCUCCGCGUGGGGUCUUGAGGCCCGUGUGCCCUUCCUCGACAAGGAGUUCCUCGAGGUGUCGAUGAACAUCGACCCUGCGGACAAGAUGAUCAACAAGGAAAGAAUGGAGAAGUACAUUCUCCGCAAGGCUUUCGACACCUCGGACGACCCGACCGCCGAGCCCUACCUUCCCGACAACAUCCUCUGGCGCCAGAAGGAGCAGUUCUCUGACGGUGUCGGAUACGGAUGGAUCGAUGCCCUCAAGGACAAUGCCGAGCUCCACGUCACCGACGAGAUGAUGAAGAACCCCAAGCCUGAGUGGGGCAGCGAUAUCCCUGACACCAAGGAGGCCUACUGGUACCGCCUGAUGUUCGACGAGCACUUCCCCCAGUCGUGCGCGUCGACCGUCAUGAGGUGGACACCCACAUGGUCCAAGCAGACGGAUCCCAGUGGCAGAGCUAUCUCGAUCCAUCAGGCCAAGUAUGAGGAUGCUUAA